UCGUCAUCUGUGUUGACAUUUUCCGAUGAAAUUCAGUCAUGAAUCAUGUUUGCCCCGAUAACCAUGGCCGCGGCAUGUGAGAUGGCCCCCCGUUAGCAUGUGGGCGGGCAUACACCAAGCCCUGAUGAUGCCAGGAACCGAGUGACCUGACCUGACCUUGCGCCAUGAGCUCGUUCUCAGGCAAGAUAAAGGAGUUCCCGCAGAUCUCCGUGGACAGGUUCGAUGGCCGUAACCUCGCCAGUACCGCUUAUUUCCUCAGCCAUGCCCAUUCCGAUCACAUGAUUGGGUUGAGUUCACCCCAGUUCUUGGAUCACCUAGAGAGUAAUAGUGGCGUCUACCUUUACUGUUCUGCUAUCACGGCUCGCUUUCUGCAAGCAUCUAUCAGACACCGCCCUUUGGACCCGUUUGUGAGGCCAUUACCUCCUGAAGAACCUGUCAAGAUAACAGUUCCCAAUGUUGCUGAGGAAGCUAGCCAUCAACUCUGUGUCACUCUUAUACCUGCGGGACACUGCCCAGGAUCAGUCAUGUUCUUGUUUGAGGGAAGAGGAGGAACUGUUUUAUACACUGGGGAUUUCCGUACAAGUGUAGGAGAUGUAGAAAGAAUACGAGCAUUACACAACUCAGAUGGCACUGUUAAGGCUGUAGAUUCUUUACACAUAGACACCACUUUCUGCCACCGUGAUAUCUUGCACUUUCCCUCAAGAGAGGAUAGUUCAUCUGCCAUCUGUGAUCUUGUUGAAGACUGGCUGGCAAGAGGAAAUAACCAUCUCAUACACCUUGUGUGCCCAGCAAAAUAUGGGUACGAAUAUGUAUACCGAAGCCUCCAUGAACGCUUUGGGAUGCGUGUGCACGUCAGUCGGUGGAAGUAUCGCAUGUAUGACACGGUACCAGAAAUUCAGGAUGCACUUACCCCAGAUGCAACUGAAACAUGGAUUCAUGCCUGUGAUUGGAGGAUGAGAGAAAUCGAAGAGGGUGAAGACCAAAGUGACCGCCAACUUCCAUGCAGAUGUGUUCCGUUUGGAGUAGAUACAGCACCGAGUAUACGGGUUAUUCGACCGUCAGCAAUGUUCUACACAGUCUAUCAGUCUGCUAAGGAGGUCAAACAAGUCAACAGAGAUGGAAGUUUCUGCAGGGUGCUGUUAUCCAUGCAUGCAUCUUGUUCUGAAGUUCUGGAUUUAGUGUCAUAUCUGCGGCCAAGAAAAGUCUACCCAAAUGUCAUUCCUAUGAAUUCUUCAAAGGAAGAGGUAGGGAAACAAAUUGUGAGAGAUAAAAUUCAUUUUAAUCUGACGUCAACAAUUUUGCUCCAUGAUCCCGCAAAAAUUAACCCGAGACCUCGCUGGAGCCAUGACCCCCCCAAAAAUUGGGAAUCCCUGUUCUGCUCUAUGAAAUGA